UCCUGAGCCUCCGCCAAUCAGACAUCAUGGGGAUCAGGGGAACGCGUGACAAGUCGUGACGCGGUGCGUUGUCCAGCAUUCCACGGCCGACAUACCGAGCUCAAGUCAUACCUCCACACCGACUUUCGGGGAGUUGUCGGUUGGGUCUCUCAUGAACAAGAAAAAUCAUUUGGAUCGUGACUUUAGACUGGUAUCUUCCGUUUGGCUUGCCGGUGCCGGUUUCACUUGCUGCGCCUUUCCAGCCUCGCCCGUGAUUGCAGUUGUGGCGGUUAUCCAGUUAUCAAACAUCGAUCAACCGCCGCCCUCCAGCAAACAUCAUCAUUUCACUUUAUUAGGAUCUGAAUCUUUGAUCUCGAAGCUUGGGGCAAAUGUUUUGGUUGUAAAUUCUGGAGAAAGUUUAGACCCACUCGAUUCCUUAUUUUUUCCCCAUCGUUCUCUUCUCCAACUGUCUCACUUCUCUCUUGUUGUUUAAGAACUAAGAAGCUAUCCUUGGAUAGGCACGAAUCUCACUGAACACAUUUCAUCCGUUGUCGUUUAAAUAAUCAGUGUCAUCCAACUGUGAGGAGCAGAAGGCCAGCUUGUCUUUUUCCCGGCUCUCUUGUGCCCAGAAAAUUGCGAUAUAU